UGUGAAACGUUUUUAUUCGUAGACGUCAAAGAUUUAAUGAUUUCAACAUUUAUGUCUUUAUGAUCCGAAUUUCAACCUUAAUCUAACCACAUUGUGUGUACAUAACUUUAGCUCAAAUGAAUUUAAAAAAAAUGACCUAAAUAUGUAGCGCAAGGUAUUCGGAACAAUGUGAAUUAUUUGAACAAACAAUGUGUCAGAGCGAACACGGACGCAGCUAUGACGCAGAACGGAGACAAACUUCACGACUAAAUUAAUACCGUUAUCGAACAAACUUCUGAACUAAACUAUUAUAAUCGGACAUUGGAGUACACUUCGCACGACUUGCGGCCGUAUAUUAUUAUGUUAAUCAUUUCCAUACUAAUUGUAAACGGAGAGUUCUUUUAUCGUGCCCACUUCUUGAAGAUAAGAUAAAAAUGUCAUUUGUGUCUCUUCGUUGCAACUAUAGAGCCGUUUUUUAGUUAUCGUUUUUUCUCGUUAUUUUAACAUUUUUGUGAUGUAAAAAGUGGAAAUGAAAAGUGAUGAGGUGUUUGUAUGCAGUUUUUUUGAGAAAUGUUAGAUUCACGUACGGUUGCAGUGAUGCAUAACGCUAGGCCUCUCGAUGUUGCUGAAACAGGUGAACGUCACAGAAAUCGGUCAUCAUCGUGGACGUCAAGGCGAUGGCAAAAUGGUCUUUUCAGACAGGAACCAAGAUAUUCACUGCAAUGUCAGACUGAUGAGAACAGCUUCCUGCUUCGUCUGAAGAUAAUAGGAGCUAAUUCAUUGGCGAAAAAGGAUAUAUUUGGUGCUAGCGAUCCAUAUGUCCGCGUCGAGCUGCAGAAGGUGGACGGUGACGUCACGAUUGAAACAUUCCUUACUAAGACGAAGAAAAAGACAUUAAAUCCAGUAUGGAAUCAGGAGUUUAUAUUUCGGGUGAAACCUCAAGAGCACAAGCUGCUGAUACAAGUGUUCGACGAGAACCGUCUGACGAGGGACGACUUUCUGGGCAUGGUCGAGGUGCCCCUGGGGUCCGUGCCGGCCGAGUCGGCGGCCAGCGCUCGGCCCAAUGUCGUUAAGUACCCGUUGCGACCGCGCAGGUCCGUUGCAAGAUCGAGAGUGCGUGGCUACAUCGAGGUGUACCACGCUCUGGUCGGCAGAGUAGGUGAUCCCGCCACGGACGAGGCCGCCAACCGCACCGCCGACGACUGGGAGAUGGUGGAGCCUAUCAACCAAGUCGGAACCGUGCAACCGGUCCACGACACGAGUGCGGGCGGGGCCGGCGCUGACGAUGAUUGGGAGCUGGUCGACGCGAGUCAACUCCUUAACAUUACGAUAGGAGGCGACGCUUUGCCGCCGGGCUGGGAAGAGAGACAGGACGCUAAUGGCAGAACGUAUUACGUGAAUCACAUUGAGAGGACCACGCAAUGGGAAAGACCAACUUUCACUCGUCACAUGAGCGUGGAGUCCCAGGCCGAGAGGAUAGAGAACGCCGCCACCGAAUUCCAGAGGCGGUUUCACAUCUCGGCAGACGAGGAGCGAGCCUCCAGCCCGGCGCCUGCGCCCCAGCAGGGGGAUGUAAACAGUACGAACUCGGAAGUGACGUCAGCCGAAGAAACCCCGUUCGCCACGCCCGAUAGGUCGCCGGAAUUGAGGAGAAACGAAAACGAACCAGAGCCAAGGAUAGCGACUAACAUUAGUGUAACCGACUGUGAUAAUAUUGAUAGUAGUUUAAGCAAUAAUGAUACAAGAGAAGACGACGACGUUGUCUGCGCUAAUGAGAUUAGCAGGGACGAAGCUGUCAAUGAGACGGUCAAUACGGAAGCCGAUGAGACAGAAAGAGACGGAAACAACACAAACGCUCAAGACGACGCAGACGAUAACGAUCAGGCUAGUCAAGACACCGUCGACAAUGGAAACGUUCUACAGCAAACCGAGAACAAUGGAAACGAUCUUAACGAUGAAACAACGAACGAAGCGCGCAGCGAACAACCAGUUAUAGAAGACACGUUGACGUUCGACGAGAACCACUUUAGUACGCCGACAGGCGGGGUCUCUCCGGAGAGGUCGCCGCGGACACGACGCCGGAGGACCACGACCAGCUCGAUGGAGGACUCGGAGGACGAGACCGAUGGCUCCACCGAAAGCACGAGGAGUAGCGCCAGCAGCAGCCAGAGUCAGAACUUGCCCAGCAGUGAAGGCUUACCUCCUGGUUGGAGUAUGCAGAGAGCGCCCAACGGCAGGAUAUUCUUCAUUGACCACAACAAGAAGACCACCACGUGGAUAGAUCCCAGAACCGGUUGCGCGUCCAGCCUGCCCAGCGCGGAGGCGGGCGGUGCGGGGGGCGCGGGGGACGGGGACGAGCUCGGCGCCCUGCCCGAGGGCUGGGAGGAGCGCGUCCACACCGACGGCAGGAUAUUCUUCAUCGACCACAAUACGCGUACCACACAAUGGGAGGACCCUCGCCUCUCCAACCCUCAAAUCGCUGGACCGGCCGUGCCUUACUCGAGAGAUUACAAACGGAAAUACGAAUACCUUAAGAGUCAACUUCGUAAGCCUAACAACGUGCCAAACAAAUUCGAGAUAAAAGUGCGUCGGAACUCGAUAUUGGAAGACUCGUACCGCAUCAUCAGUUCGGUUAGCCGGCUGGAUCUGCUUAAGACUAAGCUGUGGGUCGAGUUCGAAUCCGAAGUGGGGCUAGACUACGGCGGCCUUGCCCGCGAGUGGUUCUUCCUGCUGUCGAAGGAGAUGUUCAAUCCGUACUACGGCCUGUUCGAGUACUCCGCCAUGGACAACUACACGCUGCAGAUCAACCCGAACAGCGGCGUGUGCAACGAGGAGCACCUCAACUACUUCAAGUUCAUCGGCCGCGUGGCGGGCAUGGCCGUGUACCACGGGAAGCUCCUGGAUGCGUUCUUCAUUCGACCGUUCUACAAGAUGAUGCUGGGUAAAGCCAUCGAUCUACACGACAUGGAGUCCGUGGACUUGGAAUACUACAACUCUCUGAUGUGGAUCAAGGAGAACGAUCCGUCGGAGCUAUACCUGACGUUCGCUGUGGACGAGGAGCAGUUCGGCAAAACCGUGCAGAGGGAGCUGAAGCCGGGCGGCUCCAACAUACCCAUUGACAACGACAACAAGCUGGAGUACAUCAAGCUAGUGAUAGAAUGGCGGUUCGUUAGUCGAGUCGUGGAGCAGAUGGUCGCCUUCCUGGACGGGUUCGGGGCGCUGGUGCCUCUGCCCCUGCUGAAGAUCUUCGACGAGCACGAGCUGGAGCUGCUGCUGUGUGGCAUCCAGCACAUCGACGUCCGAGACUGGCGCUCCAACACGCUGUACAAGGGAGACUACCACGCCAACCACCUCGUUGUGCAGUGGUUCUGGAGGGUGGUGCUGUCGUUCUCCAACGAGAUGCGGUCCCGGCUGCUGCAGUUCGUGACGGGCACGUCGCGGGUGCCCAUGAACGGCUUCAAGGAGCUGUACGGCUCCAACGGGCCCCAGCUCUUCACCAUCGAGAAGUGGGGCUCGCCCGAGAACUACCCGCGCGCGCACACCUGUUUCAACCGUAUCGAUCUACCGCCGUACGAGAGCUACCAGCAGCUCAGGGAGAAGCUGAUCAAGGCCAUCGAGGGCUCGCAAGGGUUCGCCGGAGUCGACUGAACGACGUCGCCAAACCGAGACCCUGAUCAACUAACAAAAGACAAGAACUCCUGAAGGGCAUGACUUAGGUUGUGUUCAGGGUACAAGCGAGACGAACCCGGGCCAAUGAACGUGCUACAAAUAUUAAUUACUUUUAUUUACACCGUCUGGUGUUCUUUCAAAAAAUUAAUUAAUUACCUUUGUUUCGAUUCAACGCAAAAUAUAAUAUUUUAUUUGUUCUCAUAACACUUGUGUACUUAAGUGCAAACUUCAAGGCGUAUCUACAUUUAGAAGACAUUUCGAUCUCGGGACGUGCGCGGGACAUUCAUGACGGAACACAUAAUUCACUAGUAGAACUACCGUUUUAGUAGAUGCAUAAGCGCUCGCGCGAGGUCAUUUACCCCCCCUUUUUAUGACGUCACCCUCAAAAUUAAACAUCUGUUUGUAUUGCAUUUAAUGUCAUUGCGCGAGCACUAUGACCGAGCUAUGUUCACGAAGCGGUAAAAAACAAUAAGCUAAAAUCUGAGUAUGUGUUCUUAAAAACCUUUCGCAUGUCCACUUCAAGUCUAUAGUAUAGUACGCUUUAUAAUUAACAUUUACCAAUAAAAAAUAUUUGUAACUCUAUAAAAGAUAUGGGUUCGCAUUUCUAUAUUGCGACGAAUUUUGCGCGCUUCUUACACGCGUGCACUCUAUCGUGUAGCGAUAAGACUUAAAUUUAAAUAUAACAAGAUUCUGUUAUGUUGGCCAUAAUCAGAAAUUGAGGGGACGAAUUAAGUAAGGAGUUUGUUAGUCGUCAACGAAUUUCUGUGAGGAAUAGUAACUCCGGCGCUAGUUUUUGCCAUAAAAAAGUUUUGUUUUUUAAUUUACGUUCCUUAGAGUUUUUAAUGCCCUCCCAUACUUUACAAAUAGUAUCUAAAUUUAUUUAAAAAUAAUAAUAAUUAUUAUUAUUUAAAAUGCAUGGAGCAUUUUAAACAUUUAUAUACAUAAAUUCCCUUGCAGUAUCGAAAUGUAACGCAUAGUUGAAUUGUCCAAAACGAAUUUUCAUUAUUUUUAUUUAACGCAACACGAUAACAUAAAUUAGUAGGUACCACGUUUGCUUCUGUGAACGUGUUUGACGUUUCGAGCGAGCUGUCACUGUCACAAGUGUCAAAACAGAAAAGUCAUAAAAAUAAACGCGGGAAUCCUAUUUAUUAUUUUAUGUGGCUCUGUGGAGGCGGCAAUGUGGUUUUUUUUACGUUUAUUAGUUCCUUGUGGUAUGUACAUGAGUGGUGUAUUUAUUACCAGAGUAAUGAACUUCAGGUAAGACGUGACAUGGAAAUAAAAAAGUUUUUAAUCGCAAAAGUAAAUUUUGAUUUUAUUUAGUUACUGACAAAAAAAGCAGAUUGUCCGCCAUAAGUUGAUUCGUGGAAGUUUUAAUUUUUAUUCUAAAUUUAUGAAUUGUAAAAAAUAUUUACAUCUAUAUGCAUAGACGAGAAAGCAAUACUAGAAAUUACUAUAUUACAGUAGUGGCGACGCGAUUAUGUCGCUUACAAAUGAAUUAUUGUAUAGAUAUAAACGCGUUUAUUUUAGUAAUAAUUACGAAAACGAGUGCCUAUUGUUUCCUCUAAAAAUAUAUAUAUAUACUAUAUAUGAAAAAUAAAAUCGUAUAUGUAGAUUAUAUUAUGUAUAUAAUUAGAGUUCGUUAUAAGGAAUUUAAUUUAAAUUAAAAUUUAAAAAAAAAAUACAAUCACGUAGUCAAUUUUGAUUGUUGUCAAAUUACUAAUUUAAAAUUGCGAUCAAAUUAACUGUUUGGACAAAUUAUUGGAAAUAUCCGUAUUUUUCAUAUUUUAAUUCAAGAUGGUAGCGUACCGUCUUCGUCUACUGCGCAGUUACCUUGCGUUCCUAUUUGAAGGAAUAUGUCUGUAGUCGUCGCGCACUUGAGACAUCGACCUCAAGUCUCAAGACGGCGGCAUUCACGUUAAAAUAUCCACGGGUUCCGGUGACAACUUACAGCCUAGUGGGUCGUGAUCAUUGAGACUAACAAUAGAAACGUUCUAGAUAGGAUGGUAGUAAACGAGAUGAUGGGGGCAUCUCAAACAAUUCCUCAAAGCACUCCCCAUAUACGAUGGUGGUAAAUCUGAUGGUGAGAUAUUCACAUCAACGUAUACGUCAGCAACGCCGAAGGAAACUUCUAGAUACUUUUUGGCUCCUGCCAAGUAAGUACUCUGUGACAUAAGUGUGCCUAGUGCGAGUUUCUUAACGUUCUCGAUAGCGUAAAAGUUAACCCAAUUUUGUAUGCAGUUGAAACAGCGCCCCUAGCGACAAACGUACGCAAACGAUCCCGUUCCAUACAAAUAUGAGCUAACUUUUACGCUAUCGAGAACGUAAAAAACUCGCACUAAGCACACCUAUUAGUCAAUGUCACUAGUUUUAUUUCCGUCCUUGUUUAAUCUUGAGAUUUCUUAAAGUAUUUAAAAAAAAGAAACCUUUAUUUAAUCGUAUUCGCUUUAAGGUCGUCUGUCGAUGAGUAUUUUAAUAUGAAAUUAGAAAAACAAUUUAUGGUCUUCGCAAUUGAAAAACAAAAAAAGGCAUUUGGUAAUUUUUUUUUUUUAACAUACCUUAAUUAAGUCAUACGGUGUAAUAAUGCUUCUCUGUCAACUAUGUUAACAUAAUUGGUGUGAAUAAAGGUUUGUCGGCUCAAUUGCGAAUAGUGAUAGGGCAAACUGAAAAAGAUUUAAAAAAAUUAAUUAAUUGUUGUUCAAUGUAUUUAAUAUUUUUGCACAUAAAUUUAAAUUUUGCAUCACUUUACGAACUUAUACACAUAAUCUGAUGUGAUAGUAAUAGUAUUUUAUAAACAAAAAUAUUGCAACGACUCUUUUAAUGAGAAAAUCGUUUUUUCAUGACAAACGCUCGAACUGUCACAUCUGACAGCUGUCAAGUGUACGUGUCGGACCGGGCUCAAACAUCCGGUUACCUGAUUAAUGUUUGAUAUUGAAAAAUUACUGAAUUUUAAAUAUAAUCGAAACAUUGUACGUGCGUAUUUGCAGAACUUCGGAACGGAAAAGAAAAUAACAAUUAAUUAUUAUUACUCAGUGCCAUGUCAAAACAUCAAACGUGGAAUAACGUAUAUUCAAAUUUUCACCUUAUACGAACUAUAGAGGGUAGAGAAUACCGUCUUGUUUAUGGGAUAAGUUGAAAAAGUUUUCACCCGUAAUGAGCAAGUUCGAAGGCUCACCGAAAUAGGGCUAGUGUAGGAAGUGGAAAUGAUAUGAAUAUAGCAGUUAAAACAGAGUGAAGGGUGUUGGAUUGAAGUGAAGUGUUCAAAUCUUUCCAUUUGCUACUAUGGCGCCAUCUUUAUUGACUCCCUUUCAGCGGACGCUUUUUACUACACUGUUUUUUUAAGGGAUUUUAUGACCUGGUAACUAAGACCUUUAAGUCAUGUCUUAUUUUAAUUUAUAUUCAUAUUUUUAUGAAAAAUGUUAUUAUGGAGUGAAAUGAAAUGAAGAUGAUUAAUUUGAGAUAUUAAUCAACUGGGAUGAAAUGAAAUGAAAUGAGAUGAGAUGAUAUGGGAUGAAACAUAAUCUCAGUAAAAUGGUGGUCAUUUACUAAGAUUUUUUCAGUGGACUUUUUGGAGGAUCCCGAGAUGUUACGUCCAGCGGCUUUGUUUCAUUUUCCCACAUUUGUACACUUUCACAGAUAUUAAACAGUUAAUAAACCACAAUUAUUAGACAUUUAAACCUGAAGAAACACUAAAUAGACAAAAUAAAACAAAUCACACAACUUCACUCCUCCCGUUCCUGCCAAAAAGUCCAUAGUCUGAACGAAUACAGACUUCAAAAUAUUAUGGCAAAUGGAACGGUGUGUAGGGACCACAAAUGUCCCCACAGCAACUAAUAAUUACAUGUAUGUGUUAGCGGUAAUUAUAUUGCAACAAUGCUACUUCAGUCUCGGGAUUGUCGGGCUGUCGAUAGCCUCGUUGCAAUGUAAUCCCAAUAUACGUUAGUCACUUAACUGAAAACGUGUCUUAUUAAUUAGAUAUGUGUCGUUCGUUCAAUUUUAAAGAUUCAGAUCAAUACUGACCUGUUGACAAAAUGAUCCGGUUCGUACGACCCGUUCAGUCGAACGUUUAAAGAAACUGUUAUAGUUCGAUUGUUUACGUGAGAUCAAAACAAUUCAAAUGCGUUAUGCGUCAUUAUGCGACAACGAACGACUAACCGAGACGGGCGCGGGUCGAGACCCGGCAACCCGAAAUGACCAGAAUGACUGUAUGGUUCUUUUCUUCUGAUUCGUAGGUUUUGUUAAGCGAGUCGAUCUAGUGAACGACUCAUAUUUUUUGAAGUGACCCUAUCGUUCGCGCGGAAUUUGAGACACGGGUCGUUUGAUUCGUUCGUUCGCGAACGACACUUAUCUAUUAUUAAUCCUUGCCCGAUAUAGAGACUAAACAGGUGUAUAGAGUUCUUUUUAUUAUUAUUGAGUUAAUAUUUGAAGUGAUAGUUUGUAUAAAAUAUUAAUGAGUGAAUAACAGCCUGCGAUGCAAAUGUACGUCGGAUUUCAUAGCGGAUCGGUCAGUGUGCUUAGUGCAAGUUUUUUAACGUUCUCGAUAGCGUAAAAGUUAACCCAAUUUUGUAUGCAGUUGGAACAGCGCCCCUAGCGGCAAACGUACGCAAACGAUCCCGUUCCAUACAAAUAUGAGCUAACUUUAACGCUAUCGAGAACGUUAAAAAGCUCGCACUAAGCACACAGAUGUCGAUGGUCGCCCCACUCUCUGUUACUCCCAGUUCACAGGUAGUAAAAACUAAAAUUGUAACGUACAUACAACAUAUAUCAACUUGUCUCGCUAGCCUGCUCAGUGCUAUCGCGCCUACCCCUCAAUCAAGACCCGAGCAGGUUCAAAGUCGAAGUCAUACAUUAUUGCCUUAAGCUGUGUGCUUAGUGUGAGUUUUUUAACGUUCUCGAUAGCGUAAAAGUUAACUCAAAUUUGUAUGGAGUUGGAACGUUUGCCUACGUUUGCCGCUAGGGGCGCUGUUCCAACUGCAUACAAAUUUUAGUUAACUCUUACCCUAUCGAUAACGUCAAAAACACUCGCACUCAGCACACUGUAUUUACUCUAGUUGUCUUGUUUGAAAUGUUUUUUUUUCAGCGUCCUAAAUAAACGAAUCGCAUUUUCGCUUAGAUUUAUAAAAUUAUUAUCGUAAUUUUUAUCCUUAAAGUAAAAUACAAAAAGAUAUUUUCGUAUUCAGCACAUAAAUGUAAAUAAACUAGUUUUUAAGGUGUACAAUAGAAUGCUAAAUUAUUUAGGGAAUAUAAACGAAAUUUAAUUACGCAUCCAUUAAAUGGUGAAGUUUAUAAUUAAAAAAAAAAAAAUUAUAAUAAUGGUAAAACGAAAAAUUCUUUAAACACGUACCAGAAUCCCAUUCAUCAUUAUUUUCUAUUUAUAUUUAAUUAGUAAUGUUUCGUUAAUGAUUUCCAUUGUUAAUUAGGAAUAUUACUUAAGUUAGCUAGCGAUGUGUAUUUCAAAUAUUAGUUUCUUUUGAAGUUUUGACGUUUCUUUUUUUUUUUGGUAUUGAAAGCGAAAGCAUUUUUUUUUUUUUAAUAUUUAUAUCAAGACGUACUAGCUACUCUUUUUACUUUUUUUUUUGCCAACCUAUUCUAGUAACCUCAAUCGGUUGUACUAGGUUCACCGGACGUGAUUGCGUAUAGUACUUUGACAGAUUUCAAUUUAAAAACACACGAUUUGGCGGUUUUUUUUUCAUUCGCUGUUCUAACAAGGAAGAUUUGCUGAUGAUUCCCACCCAUCUGAAUUUAUUUGCAUAACUUCGAAACUUCAAAGGAAGAUGAAAAUUUAUAUUCCAUUAUUAAAACGGUUUGGUGACAUUGUAACGUGUCGGCGAAGAAACGCGCCGAGCAUCCAUCACCAGGACUGUGUAAAGAUUCUAAAAAUUAAAAAUAAUUAUGCAAAAUUA